UUUUAACCUUCCGUGAGUUUCCUUAAACGCAGCGUUUUAAAUAUUUUGACUAAACGUCGCGUUUAAUUUGGGAGUCUCUAUGUGAGUUAGAGAGUCUCUUUUGUUCUUCACCUGUCGUUCAUCGGCCUGAGCUUUGUAUCUGCAUCAACUUUACCGGCGACUUUGAUCGGAGAUUCUCAUUCGCAGAAGAAGCAGACCUUUCGAAAUACUGAUACUGGGGAAACAUGGGAAUAAAUAUUGUAGGUCAAAUUGAGAGAAUCAAUGGUAAAGAGUUGAGUUAUGGCGAUUUUGCAGAGAGAUACUUAGCCAAGAACCAGCCAGUGGUCAUCUCCGAUCUCACUGAAGAUUGGCGAGCUAUGGAAGAUUGGGUCAGUGAGAAUGGACGCCCUAAUCUCCACUUCUUUGCCACUCACUUCGGAAAAUCCAGAGUUCAGGUUGCAGAUUGUGAUACAAGAGAAUUCACAGAUCAGAAAAGAUUAGAAAUGUCUGUUACUGAAUUUGUGGAGCAAUGGACUAAUAAUGAUGCUAUUGAGGAAUCUGUUUUGUAUCUGAAAGAUUGGCACUUUGUCAAGGAGUAUCCAGACUAUACAGCUUAUCAAACGCCGCAACUGUUUUCUGAUGAUUGGCUUAACAUAUAUCUAGACAAUUACCAAAUGCAUGAAGAUAAAGAUAAUUUCCAGAAGUAUGAUCAAAUAAGCUGCUCUGAUUAUCGCUUUGUUUAUAUGGGUGGAAAAGGUCUGAGAUCUUGGACACCUCUACAUGCUGAUGUAUUUAGAUCUUAUAGUUGGUACAUGAAAAAUUGCAUUUAUGACAUCUUUGAAGAGGUGAAUGAAACUAAAUUCCCUGGUUUUAAGAAGACCACCUGGCUUGAGUGCAUUCAAGAACCCGGUGAAAUUAUAUUUGUUCCGAGUGGAUGGCAUCAUCAAGUAUAUAACUUGGAAGACACAAUAUCUAUUAACCACAAUUGGCUCAACGCAUACAACCUAUCUUGGGUGUGGGAUCUACUGUGGAAGGACUACAAGGACACUGAAGAGUCAAUAGAAGACAUAAGAGACAUCUGUGAUGAUUUUGAAGCUAUCUGCCAACGUAAUCUUGCUGCCAAUACAGGAAUGAAUUUGAAUGACUUCUUCAUCUUCAUGUCACGGUUCUCUUUGGGGAACAUGGUUGUACUGCAAUCUUACUCUGACAAACACAAAGCCCUGAAUUCGUGUUCAUCCGCAAUGGCACAAAAUCUGUUAUUGAAUCUCUCAACUAUAGGGAAAAUCAUGAUGACGAUGAUAUCUGCAGGCGGUGUAACUUCAGAGGAAGUGUAUAUGGACUUGCGAGAAACACUGGAGGCUCCACAGUUUCUCAGAUUGGUCAGAGACAUGGGAAGAACUUAUGCAAUGAUUCACAUGGAGGAAGAGGAUCAGGUUCUUUCUUCGAAAGAGUUAUUACAAAAGCUCAGUGGUUUUACAGAUCCAAAGAUGCAAAUAUGUUCUCCAAAGGAUCUUGUUGAAAUGAUAAAUCAUCACAAUACUUUUUUCUCCCAUCUCUUAGCAUAACAUAUGUGUUUUUGUUGUUGUUGUUGUUGUUGAUCUUCUUAGAUUUUCCUUUAUAUAUGAAUAGAGAAAAGAAAAGGAAAUAUCUUUAUCAUUUAUGUUUGUACACAUUCCAAUGGAAAUUAUCUCAAUACAUAGAAAUGAAAUGACGAAUAUUUGCUUGUUUCUGUUGAUUUCAUGAAGUCUUUGCUAUGAUGUCUAAUUUUUGGAUAUUCCUUGAUUUAUGGAAAAGAUAAAAUAACAAUAGAGUAAUAAAAUUUUGACUGAUUC